AUGUCCAUUUUCUGUUGCUAUCGUACCCAGCGAACGGCAGGCCGAGAAACUGGCCAAGACGUAUUUGAACUUCCAAUUCGCCCUCCACGUGUGAAGUUAUCGAGCCCAUCAUUUCCUACAUCUGGAUUUGAGCUACCGCCAACAGAGAUCGUAGGUGGGGGGACACCAUCGCUUUCACAUAACCAAAUACAGGAGGCCACGGUAGAUCCCACUAUUAUCGAUAUCGAAGAUUCGGAUGAUGAUGAUGAUGAACUGGUACGGAGUACCAGAAACUCUAGCACGGGUACUCUAGGAGCUAUUAGAACCAAGUUUAUUAGACGCUUGUCUCAGAAGUCCGAAUCUAAAAGACAUUCGCAACAAUCUCUUGGUACAAGCGACGAGGAGAUCGCACGGCGGGCUGAGCUGAAGCGACUAAUGCGGAAGAGAAUCCAGGAGGAGUUGAAAAGUGAAAAAGAACAAGAAGAGGUCGAAACGAAAACGGGAAAUACCGAAGAAUCGAAGCCGUGCAGCACCGCUAACGUCGGAUUUCCUCGUGGUGGGCCGCGCGAUAAUAUAGAAUUUUGUGUCUUAGAUGUGAGCGAAACCAGUCCUCAGGAUAAUGCCUAUGGCUCUCCGGAUGUUGUGCUCCUUGCUCUCCCAGCCAGCCAUUCUCAGCCAGGAAUUUCCCUUCGCCGGUGUAGCUAUCCCGGUUCCGGUUCAGCUUCUCGAGCUCAUGAGGACGCUAGUCUAGAGUGUCGUGGAGCCGUGAAGGCACGCAGCUCCUUACCGCGAUUUCCCUCUUCUCCCCAGUUAACUCCCGUUCACAUACCGAGUGCUAGAGGCUCGGAAUCCCUCUGUUCAUGGCGACUUUCCUACAGCGCCGAGCAACUCGCGAGGUACAUUGGGGUACCCGAGGCGGUUAACCCUGACGAAUCCUAUGAACUCGCUGAAAUUAACACUCGACGCGGUAUAAUUGAUGGAGAAGAUGAACGUAUAAACCAAGUUGAAGACGAUUUGUUACGUAUCCAAGGGCCCACGACGAACGAAGAACCAGAUGAGGAUAUAGUUCACGACAAAUUGGCCCCUGAUGAAAGUCAGCAAUAUAUCCAAAGCGACACGGAGAAUUCUGAAAGUCAAUACAGUGGAGGUCCUGAAGACACAAGCUUUAACCAAGAUUCGCCAUUAGAUAUAUGGUUACGGAGCCAAGAGUUGCAAUCGGCGUCAGCUACGCCGAGUAGAAAGACGAGUGAUAUGGUACAGCGGACCGUUCCAGAGAGCUCUGGUGUCAGUGGCCCUCAAAACGCCUUAGAUGAAGUAUCUGGAAUUCGGUAUAGUCCUCUAGGAGUACGGCCACGCAACUCAAGUGCGGAUAUAAUAGUCGAACCGGUUGAGAUACUAAGUAACUGGCCUAGCAAGUUGCAACGGUCUAUGAGGACACCUAGCGAUACUUUUGAUGGUCAAGGUUCGAAGCCAACUGACCAGACUCAAGAAGCCUCUUCAUCUUUCUACGCAUCUUCACAGUACACCACCAAACCCAACAGUUGCCAGACAGCGGCAAAAGAGUCGCGUCCGAGCUUGAUGGAGUUUCUGGGAGGUCGGAAGACGGUGGCUCCAUUCUUAGGAUUCAAUCGGUUCAUAUCGUCUAGUCGUACGACAGAUGCUGAGAAGUCAGACGUCAGCUCAUACAAGACUGCUCCUAACAACGCCUCAGCGUUAGACGUGACUAUGCAAGGAACCAGACAGCUACAGCGUCCUACGGCGGAAACAAACUCGGCAGCUGUCUCAGAUACGGCAAGUUUUAGACAACGAGAGACUGAGCUCAAAUCGAUUGAAAAGCGAUUUGGACGAACUCAUCCCCGCCGUGAUAUCACCGCUCCGAUGGUCAGCAAGUUCCGAGAGGAAUUUAGCGAACCCAGAACCAGAACUUCGAUAAUUUCCAAGAACUCCAUACUAGCUAAGUUUCACUUACAGAUUCCCAGAAUAGCGAAAUAUCCAACUCAAGAUAUACGACGGUAUAGUGUACGCGACACCAAGUGUAGGAGUGAAACGAAUCUAGACGCCGAAGGUGCUCGCCUUGGCCAACAUAAAGUAAGUACAAGUAUCAUCAACGGAAAGCAAGUGACUUCGUCUCUAGGAUGGGAAUCUGAGGAUGUUGCAAACUCUGUGGACCCGCGGCAACAGACUGCUGUACUUGAUGGAUACAUCCCCAGAAUUCGACGGCAAGAGGUGAACUCUUCAGAGUCUCUAAGUUAUCACAAAACCAGUCAUAUUGAUCAUAUACUACACCCGAAGCCAAGAAAAGAACAAGGUUCGACACUUAAACCGCUAUCUCGCCACGAAAAUAAUAGUAGUCGACAAUCAGAUAUAUCUGGUACCGUCCUUAGAGAAUGGGUGAACUUGAUGAAUGAUCAAGAUUUGAAGCCCCAGGACGAACCGAAAACGGAGCCGCAGAGCCAUGCUCUUUGGAGAUUACGGACACCUCCUGCAUCAUGGGCAAAAUGGCCCUCACAUACACGCCAACAAAGAACGGGGCCAGCAGGGGAAGAAGAUAAUGUGACCCCGAGGGAUUUCGCAGUUCGAGUAGAAUCAAAUGAUAGUGGUACAACGUGGUCUACAGAUAAACCUGGCGAGUCAUCAAAGAGGCACAUUGCCCCUACACGAAGUUUAUCCGCUCAGCUUGGUAGAGCUAUGAAAGGAGGUUUAAGCAGGGUCGUUCAAGGCACUAUAAAUCGGGCUUCCUCGGAAACAUACCAUACUCGACAGAAGCUGGACGGACACCUGGAAUACCCCGAGCUUGAAAUUCUCCCGAUACAGGGGGGUUAUGAAGACUUACAGGCACUCGAACAACAAAUCGAUACAAUGAAGCGCGGGUCUGCGACUGCAGAAAGUCAAUUAGCCAGCCUGAGUAUGGAUAAUAUGAGACCGCCCCUGAGCGCCCGCCUGGCUGAGGAGGUGCAUAUGAUACAGCAUAAAGCCCCCAGAGAGGGCUUCCAGGAUGACGAGACCGCGGUACAAAAUUCACUGAUAAUUCCUGUUGCAACGCUUGUGCAAGCAAAACCGGCUCCAAAACGUAUUACCGUAGCGGCCAGUCGAUCCAGAGCAUCUGGAUCCUACGACAGUGGCGAAGUCCGUGGGCACGAACAAUGACCAGAAGAUAACACCGUAAUGGUAGAGGACACUCGUAGCACGCGGGCAGCUUGACAUCGGUUUGUAUGAUUAAAGUUUAUGGGAUAUACUACCAUGAUGAUAGACUUCUGUUAGGCAAGACGCGAUACAAUGAGGUUAUAGCUUAGAUUAGACAAGUCCCAAUCUUCGUAGAAAGGUGCAUUAACAACGUCCUAGGGAGAGGUGGC